UUUUGCCACGUUUGAGAUAAGUAAGGGAAGAGCAAAUUUAUUCCGAACAGAUCUCUUUCAUCAAGGAAACCGUCAUGAAGUGUGUUUUACUUAUUUUAGGGUUUUUAGCCCUAUCUGUGUUUGGUGCAGAUGAAGAAGACAAAGUCGUCGUUUUAACUAAAGAUAAUUUUGACAAAACCAUUGAAGAAAACCAGUUUGUUCUUGUAGAAUUUUAUGCACCAUGGUGUGGACAUUGUAAACAGUUAGAACCAGAAUACAAGAAAGCUUCUAUUCAGUUAGCUAAAGACGGUUCUGAUGUUGUAUUGGGUAAAGUAGAUGCCACUCAGGAAUCUGAAUUGGCUGAAAAGUUUGAAGUUAGAGGCUACCCAACAAUUAAGUUUUUCCGAGGUGGAAAGCCCUCAGAUUAUAGUGCUGGUAGACAAGCAGCUGAUAUUGUUAAUUGGCUGAAGAAAAAGACUGGUCCACCUGCAGCUGCUAUCAAAUCUGUUGCUGAGGGUACCAAAUUUAUUGAUGGUAAUGACGUUGUUGUCAUCGGAUUCUUCAAGGAUGAAGAUUCCACAGCAGCUAAAGCAUUUAAAAAUGUAGCCUCUGGUAAUGACGAUGUACCAUUUGGUAUCACAUCUGACGACAGUGUAUUUAAAGAGCACAGUGUAGAUAGAGAUUCUAUUAUCUUAUUUAAAAAGUUUGAUGAAGGUAAAAAUACUUUUGAUGGUGACUUUACUGUUGAAAAGAUUGAAGCAUUUGUUGGUGAAAAUCAGUUACCACUUGUUGUUGAAUUUACUCAAGAGUCUGCACAGAAAAUCUUCGGAGGUAAAGUAAAGAACCAUAUUCUUUUAUUUGUAAACAAAGAUGAUGAUUUUGACAAACAUUUGGAACAAUUCAAGGCCCCAGCCAAAGACUUUAAAGGAAAGGUUCUGUUUAUUUACAUCAAUACUAAAGAUGAAGACAAUGCCAGAAUUUUGGAAUUCUUCGGUUUGAAGAGUGAAGAUGUACCUGCUUUACGUUUGAUUACAUUAACAGAAGAUAUGACUAAAUACGUACCAGAAGAUAAAUCUAUUACUACAGAGAAUGUCAAAACAUUUGUUCAAUUAUUUUUAGAUGGCAGUCUGAAGCCUCAUUUGUUAUCUGAAGAUGUCCCAGAAGAUUGGGAUAAAAACCCAGUUAAAGUUUUAGUUGGUAAAAACUUCCAUGAAGUAGCCAAAGAUAAAUCAAAAGCAGUCUUAAUUGAAUUUUAUGCCCCAUGGUGUGGUCAUUGUAAACAAUUAGUCCCAAUUUGGGAUGAACUUGGUGAGAAAUUCAAAGGCAAUAAAGACAUUGUUAUUGCUAAGAUGGACGCUACAGCUAAUGAGUUAGCCGAUGUAAAAGUUCAGAGCUUCCCAACUAUUAAAUAUUUCCCUGCUGGAAGUGAUGAUGUUAUAGAUUAUAAUGGUGCCAGAACUGUAGAAGGAUUUAGUAAAUUUUUAGAAAGUGGAGGUAAAGAAGGUGCAGGAGCUGCUGAAGAGGAGGAAGAAGAUGAAGGUGAAGAGGAAGGUGAAGAAGAGGAAGGUGAAGAUGAUGGUGAAGAAGUACCACGUGAUGAACUUUAAGUCAUACAUCAUCUAGUCUGUAAUCAUAUAAAUAUAAUCUCAUUCAAUCGGAUGAAGUAGCAUCAAGAAGUUGGAGUAUUUCAUGGAGGGAAUACCAGGUCUAGAAUAAUCUAUAUCUUAAGAUAUGUAUAUAGUUAGGUGUUUAUUUUAUUUAAUGCUCUGUUAAGAUUUUUUUAAAUUGGAUAAUAAGAUCUUUCAUACUUUGAUGCUACUUUAUCUGACAUUCAUCACAACUGAAUUACUUACCUGUUACACAGAGGUAUUCAGGAAAACAUCUAAAUGUCCUUCCUUCUUUGUUAAGUUUUUUUUUUAAAUCAAUCUUAUAUUAGUUCUUUAAUCAAUUUGGCCUGGAUUCCCUUCAUGUGUUAGCUUGUCUUAGCCAAUCAUUCCAGUGGUGGAAGUCUGACUUUUCUCCUGCUUUUAAGUUAUUUAUCUUUCAAAGAGAGUGGUCAAUGUACAGGAUAAUUUGAUUGGUGUGCAUUAAAGAAACGUAGAUGAAUUGACCAAAAUGUCAUAAUACUGUUGGCUAAUUGUUUGGAAUAUAUUAUUCCAUGUGAAUUGUGUAUGAUGUGAGUUUAUUUUGAAACCAAAACUUUACUUUGGUUGUCAUACCUUUAAAUAAAAAAUUAAUGUGAAAUAUCAAAAUGUGUAUUAAAAUCAUCACAUGCUCAUUUUGUAUUAAAUCAGGAAAAUAAAAAAAUUACAAAAUUAUCAA